AUGACCUCAAACCAUUCAGUACAUCAGAGGUGGGAGCGUGGCACACAUUGCAUUUCCACCGAUCCCUCUCUUCUUGACCUCAAUGCCAUCAACGAUGUUUUCGAUACCGAUUGGAUGUACUGGACAACUCGCCUACCCCUAAAUGAGCUCAGACAGGCCAUUGCUAGCUCAGUCUGCUUUGGCCUCUACGAAGACGGGAACAGUACUCAGGUUGGAUUUGCGCGUGUGGUCACCGACAAGGUGACAUUUGGGUACAUUACAGAUGUCUAUGUGUUGCCAGAGUAUAGAGGUAAUGGGUUGGGAGGUUGGCUGCUUGAUUGUGUAGAUGAGUAUCUCAAAGGGUUGCCAUAUCUACGGUGGGCUAUGUUGAAGACGUCGCAGGAGACAAGUCGCAAGGCUUAUGAGAAGAGAUUGAACAUGAUUGUGCUGGAGAACAAGGAGUCUGGGCCGUGGAUGAUGGGUAAAAAAGGUCAGGCUAACCGAGCCUAA